CUUUUUUCUUUUUCUUUUUUUUUUUUUUAGGAGGGGGUGACUUGGAGACGGCUGUAUUAACAUCGGGACUGGGUGAUGAUAAGUAAAAACGUUUUAUAUGCCGAGUUACAGACUUUGAAAGGCAACUGUGUCGUUGAGGUACAAUGGGACUCCCCACUUUGGAGUUCAGCGACUCUUUUCUGGACAGUCCGGAUUUCAGAGAGCGUCUCAAAUGCCAUGAAAUAGAGCUGGAGCGGACAAAUAAAUUCAUCAAAGAGCUGAUCAAGGAUGGGAAUAUGCUCAUCACUGCGCUCAAGAAUCUUUCUGCUGCUGUCCAGAAGUUCUCCCAGUCCCUGCAGGAGUUCCAGUUUGAGUGCAUAGGUGAUGCAGAGACAGAUGAUGAAGUGAACAUUGCCCAGUCAUUCAAAGAGUUCUCCCAGCUGCUGAACACUGUUGAAGAAGAAAGAAGACGCCUGAUUCAGAAUGCAGAUGAUGUUUUGAUUACGCCCUUGGAAAAGUUUCGGAAGGAGCAAAUCGGUGCUGCGAAGGACGGGAAGAAGAAAUUUGAUAAGGAAACAGAGAAAUACUACUCCACGCUUGAGAGACACCUCAACUUGUCAUCCAAAAAGAAGGAAGCUUAUCUGCAGGAGGCUGACACACAGAUUGAUAAGGAGAGGCAACUCUUUUAUGAUGCGUCCCUUGAGUAUGUUUUCAAAAUACAGGAAGUGCAAGAAAAGAAGAAAUUUGAGUUUGUUGAGCCGCUCUUGGCCUUUCUUCAGGGUUUGUUUACAUUCUACCACGAAGGAUAUGAGCUGGCUCACGAAUUUGAGCCAUACAAACAGCAGCUCCAGUUCAACCUACAGAACACACGAAACAACUUUGUGAGCACCAAGCAGGAAGUGGAGAAGCUGAUGAAGAGGAUAAGGUCUGCAGAUCAGGACUAUAAACCCCCAGGCCAGUGGACGAUGGAAGGCUUCCUGUACGUCCAGGAGAAACGUCCUCUGGGAUGCACUUGGACACGUCACUACUGCACAUAUGAGAAAGGCAGCAAGACCUUUACCAUGAGCAACACUGAAAAUAAGUCAGCUGGGAAACAGAAUGGUCUUGUGCUGAACCAGCCAGAGAUGUUCAAACUCAAGUCGUGCAUCCGGAGGAAAACAGACUCCAUCGACAAGCGUUUCUGCUUUGAUAUCGAAGUGGUGGAGAGGCAUGGCGUUAUGACACUGCAGGCACUGUCCGAGUCCAACAGAAGACUGUGGCUGGAGGCCAUGGAUGGCAAAGAGCCGAUUUACAACCUGCCAGCCAUAUUAAGCAAAAAGGAAGAGACGUUUCUUAAUGAGACAGGAUUUAACUUUGUAAGGAAAUGCAUUGACCUGGUGGAGAUGAGAGGCAUAAAUACAAUGGGAUUGUACAGAAUUGGAGGGGUCAACUCCAAAGUACAGAGGCUGAUGACCACAGUCUUUUCAUCCAAGGCACCUGUGGAUAUGGACCUGGAUCCAGAGACAUGGGACAACAAAACUAUCACCAGCGGUCUGAAGAAUUACCUCAGGUGUCUCUCUGAGCCGCUAAUGACCUUCAAGCUCCACAAAGAUUUUAUCAUGGCUGUCAAAUCAGAUGACCAAAACUACAGAGUGUGUGCUGUCCAUGCCUUGGUUCAUAAGCUGCCAGAGAGGAACAAGGAAAUGCUGGAGCUACUAAUAAAACACCUUGUCACUGUUUCCACACAAAGCCAGAACAACCUGAUGACCGUGUCCAACCUGGGUGUCAUCUUUGGGCCAACCCUGAUGCGGUCGCAAGAGGAGACUGUGGCCGCCAUGAUGAACAUCAAGUUCCAGAAUAUUGUGGUGGAAAUACUUAUCGAGAACUUCAACAAGAUCUUCCACCAGCCUCCAGACCCCAAUGUGCCCCUGCCUCAACCCCAGAGCCGUCCUGGCUCUCGCAGGAGCAGGGCCAUCUGUCUGUCCACAGGGCCCAGGAAGCCCCGCAGCCUCUAUACCCCAACACUGUGCCUAGCAGAUGCAGAAAGUGACACUUUCAGCAGCAGUCCAAGCAGCACCCCGAUGGGCAGCAUGGAGUCUCUGUCCUCCCAUUCCUCUGAGCAAAAUGCCUCCUCCAAAACUGCCUCCUCUGCUCAGGUCAAAGAGAAGUCUCUCCUGGACCUCCGCCGAACGCCAUCACAGCUCUCGAAUGGCCCCAGGAGCACUGUAUGUGUCAGCAGCCCAGAGUCUAGCUCCAGGGAGGACACAGGUCGUACAGAUGGAGAGUCAGAGGAUGCUCUAAGCCUGUCCUCAGUCAGCACAGCACCCAGGCUGUCUCCUGCACCCAAAAAAGCCCCACACUUCCGCACUGACCUCAGGCCAGCCCUGCUGAACCGUUCUGCUGCUCCCUCUCUGAAAUCACUGCAUAUAUCUGAAGGCCACAGGAGCUGUUCUGGAUCUAUCCAAAGUCUGUCAACACUGGAGCCCAAAGAGAGUUUAAAGCCCACUGAGCACCCAGACCUGCCACCAAAACAAGUGAUCCGCCGCAGGAUGGACACCUCAGCCAGCAAUGGCUACCAAAGACCUGGCUCAGUGGUUGCUGCCAGAGCACUGCUUUUUGAAAAUGCCUCUUCCCCACAAUCUGUUCCAGUCGGAAGGGAUGCCAAGGCGAUGUAUUCCUGUGAGGCAGAGCACAGCCACGAGCUCAGCUUCCCCCAGGGGGCGCACUUCUCAAAUGUCUACCCCUCUGUUGAACCAGGCUGGCUCCAAGCAACAUACGAGGGAAAAACAGGCUUAAUCCCUGAGAAUUAUGUCGUCUUCCUCUAACAGGUGGUAAACAUUGCAUAUUUUUCAUGGUAUCCAUGGAAAAAUAACAAUAAUACAGAUGUGGUUUAUUGUUGUAACAUUUCUAUUAUUGCUGGUAGCCAAUAUUUCUGCAUUUUAUGCAUUCUUAGCAGGUAUCAAGUAGGGCAGUAAUUGUUUUAUCAGUGCGAGAAGUUCAAAGUCCAAAAAUGUACCUCCUUUUCUGUAAUGACCAUAGUGAAAUGUUCUGGAAUCUGCAGAGAUUCAGAACUUAAGAGGAUAUGACAUAAUGACAUUAUUGCUAGAUGUAAAUAUAUUACCCAUCAACUGCACUGAUUUAGUCCCAGUAUUUGCCCUACAGAAUCACAAAACAAUCACAUACCAUUUCACAAGUUUUAUUCUGAGAAAUAUGUUAUUCUGUCAACUUCCCAGUAUAUCAACACUUUCAUUAAGUUGUUAAUGGAAAUAUGUAGUUUCAUAAACAUCUUCUAUUAACUGUAAUUGAACAAACUGUGAUUUAAAUCUAAUCUAUUAGAUAAAGCAUAAUGGGUUUGCACCUUUACUUUAUUUUACAUAAUUAUGGCCUGUGAUCAUUGUUCAACCACUGAACCUGCUCACUGCUGCAGUGCACUUUCUGGUUAGCUACACAGUACUGUACUGUACAUCAUUGCUCAUAAGUUCUUCUGUAGUUGCUAAUCAAAAAUAUUUAGUUCUUUUUACUGUCUAUUACUAUAAAUUAUCACAUCAAAUAUAUACCAUAUGUAAAAAUGUGUUUUUAUGAUGUCAUGAAUGCUAUGUUCAUGAGGUGAACCUUCACCUUUAAUGCCUGUUGUGGUACUGUACUCACUGGUACACUGGUGUACUAGUAAUGACAACUAGACAUGUAUCAGAUUAUAUUAUAGUAAAUAUGCUGUUUAAUAUUUAAUUUUCUAUUACUGUCACAACAUUUCCAAAAUACAAAGUCUAUAAUUAUCUUAAAAGUGAUACUAUUUCAGAAAAAGCUAAAUGAAAAAAAAAAAAAAAAAUCAACAACCUUUUUGUUCUUCAGUUACAAACUGAAAAGUCAUUCCAAAGUAAGACUUUGUCUCAUGGCAAAAAGAAAUUUAAAAAAAAAUGUAUCUGGGAAGGUAUUUGAGAUCUUGCACUUGCCAAGAUCAGGAUGUUCUUUUCCAUUUACAUCUUUAAGAAUGUGAAGUGGCCUUGAACAGUGAUGCUAGAAUAAUACUCCCUAACAGUCUGAAUUUGGAGGAGCAAAUCACGGAAAUGACAAACCAUAUCCUGAAUAUGUAACAUUUGGCAUCCUUUUUUAUAUGGCAAGCUUGUUUCCUUGCAAUCAUCUGCUGUGUUCUGACGGUGCAUAAACAUGUCUAUAAAUAAAACGUGUGGUUUAUUA